AUGGGUGAAGAAGAGGUCGGAGGUGCCGUCCCCAAGGAGCAGAGACAGGGCUGGGGCCAGUUUCUGAAAUCUAUCGCCACCUUCUCGGGCGAUCUGUCCUCGCUCACUGCGCCCUCGUUCAUCCUGUCUCCCGUCUCCCUUGUCGAGUUCCCGGCCUACUGGGGCGAGCAUCCGAAUGAGUUCGCCAAGAUCUCGACGGGGAAGGAUGAGGUGGAGCGCAUGAACCUCGUGCUCAAGUGGUUCAUCGGCACACUCAAGGGCCAGUUCACUGCUCGUAAUACCUCGAUGGGAUCCGAAAAGAAGCCGCUCAACCCCAUCCUUGGCGAGCUCUUCCUCGGCAAAUGGCCUGACCAGAACGGUCGUGGUGAGACCGUCCUCACGGCAGAGCAGGUGUCGCACCACCCUCCCGUCACCGCCUACCACAUCGAGAACAAGACCGCCGGUGUUACGCUCGAGGGUCACUGUGCGCAAAAGACGUCCUUUUCGGGACGCACGAUCCAGGUCAAGCAGGUCGGACACGCCAUCAUGCGCGUCAAGCUGGCUGGAAGCGACAAGGAGGAGCUCUACCUCAUCACACUGCCCAACUUGCUCAUUGAAGGUCUCUGGUACGGCCAGCCAUACGUCGAGCUUACAGGCAACUCGUACAUCCAGUCCACCACGGGUCUGCUCACCACCCUUACUUACACGGGCAAGGGCUACUUUUCGGGUAAGGCGCACUCGUUCAAGGCGACCAUCGGCGCCGGCGGCAACACGCUCUACACGAUCGAGGGCGAGUGGGCCGGCGUCAGCCACUACAAGGGCAAGUCGAUCUCGGGCAAGAGCAACGAGGCUUUCUGGGAUGCUUCCACCGAGCGCGAGGAGGUCUCGGUGGAAGCAGUGGACAAGCAGGGCGAGAUGGAGAGCCGCAAUGUGUGGAGGACGGUGGCGCAGGGUAUCCGCACAGGCGAUUACGACACUGCAUCGAAGGACAAGGCCAGGAUCGAGAAUGCUCAGAGGCAGAAGCGGAAGGACGAGGCGGCUGCGGGAACGCCACACCAGCUCGAGCACUUUGUACACGUUCAGGACGACCAGGAGUACUCGCAGCUCGCUGCCAUGUUCAAGGGCCAGCCUGCCACCGAGGAUGGCUAUCGAAGCAAACCUCGUGUUCACUGA